AAUAUGGCGUCUGUAUGGGAGAAAAAGCGCUCAGAAGUGAUUAACCAACUAUAACCUGACCUGACAUAUUGUGUUGUUUAGUUAGAAAUGUUGUUUAUUUAUGUACUUUCAUAGUACUGUGACACUUGUUCCCUAUUCAAACUUCAAGUUUCAACGCCAUGUCAUUGGAAGAACUGACUGCCAACCUCCUAGAGGCGAGUCACAAUGAUAACACAGAGGAUUUAUUGGUCCUCCUACAACAAAUGCAAGAAGCUGCCUGUCUUCCAGGGGAUAAGAGUUGUCUCAUUGGCCCAGUAGUUAAAUUAUUACCAUCACACAACUUGGAUGUGAAACGUCGUAUAUAUGCAACAUUACAAAAACUUUGUGAGGAAAAUCCAGAUGCCGCUUUGUUGGCUGCAAAUUGUGUUAUACGAGAUUGUCGAGACCCAAAUCCUGAGGUCAAAUGUCUAGGUGUUUGGGGUGUCAGCGUGCUGCCUCCCCUUCUUCCACUCUAUGCUGCUGACAUUCUUGCAGUUGCACUGGGAGACCCUCAUCCCCGCGUUAGGAGGACAGCAGUAAGUGCUUGUGGAAAAGUUUUCAGUACCGCUCCUGGUCUUCUCGAAGAAAAAGGAUUUGUUAACAGACUGUAUGAAUCUAUUCGAGAUGAAGAUACAUUGGUGGUUGUUCAGUCCUUACUUGUACUUGAUAGGGCUCUUGCACCUGAAGGUGGAGUAGUUGUUAACAGAAAACUAGCUCAAUACCUUCUCUUACGACUUCCUCACUUUCAACCACCACAGCUUGCCACUAUUUUGCAGGUUCUCAGGAAGUAUACUCCUAAGACUGAUCAAGAACUGUUCACGCAACUUAGCCUUCUGGAUCCUUAUCUUGCAAAUAAAGACAGUGCAGCUGUUGUAGUGAAUUGUGCUCAACUCUUUGUACAAUUAAUAGAGCCAGGAUAUCCACAUCUUGAGAAAGAUGUCAUUGUGAGAUGUGUUCCUGCCUUAACCACCUUCCUGGAUUCCCCAGAUACACAUGCUCAGGGGUAUGUUUUGGAAUUUCUUCAGUGGACUGAAAACCGCAAGACAGACUGGCUGGCAAAUUUCAGCAAAUCAUGGCAUCUAUUCUGUCCAGAAAAAAAAGGGAGUGGUUUUAAAACCAGAAAUAGUCCUUCUGACGUGCUAAGUAAUCAUUCUUUACUCCAGAAUAAAUUACUGCUAUUACCAAGGGUGUGCUCUGUUGAAAAUGCAUCUGAGGUUCUACGUACUUUGGAGGAAGCAGCUUGGGAUCGUUCCAAUGAUAUCCUUUGCAGAGCCCACCUUGACUGUAUAAUAAGUCUUGUAGAACGUCUACCACAGCCUGCAUCCUCCCAAGCUUUGCGACUCCUUAUACGCUUCAUUGGAUCAAGGGAAACAGUCAUAGUUGUAAAUGCUCUUCAAGCACUAGAGCGUCUUGAUGUAAAAAAGUUACCAUCAGAUGAAAUUUCUCCCCUGCUUGUUGCAAUUGUUACAUCUAUGGACAUCUGCAAGGAAGUCUCAAUUGAAAAUGAUAUGGAAGAUGUAUUUGCCACUCCUGCUAUUCUUCCAGAGCUGCUGUUUGAGCGCAGAGAUGUUAUGUCCCCUCAGUCAGUUGUACAUGUAAUGCAGGCAUUGGUGACACUUUUGCCUCAGAUCAUUCAAUGUCACGCUUAUACUUUUGCUUCACAAAUACUUCAAAGCUGUAUCCGUCUGUUUCUCAAAGAGCCAGCAAGUUUCCAGUUGAUUUUUGGAAGAGCAUUACAUAUUUGUGUGGAAUGUGCAAAGGUGGGAGACAGUAAAACUUCUCCAGGCCAUUAUCUUGCUGUGCAACAACUUGGCAAUGAAGCUUUGUGGUACUACAAUCUUCUGAAAUGUGAUUCAUCUGCAGCUAUUGCCAAGAAAGUAUUAUGUAUCUAAAAGUGUAUCAGUAAGGGCAACUACUGAGAUGGUUAUGAUGGUUACAUAUUAGUAUGAAUAAUUGUCUGUGAUAGUAAAAAUGACGUUGAGUUUUCAGAAUUUUCCUUAUUGUUGAUAAGUUGGAGGUCUAUAAAUAAUUUAACACCUCACGACACUGUUUUUCUUUUUUUCAUUGUUUUAAUAUAACAAAUAUAAGUCACUAAUACAACUGGUGAAGAAAUUGAAAAGACUAAGCAUUAUUUCACUGGACCCAAAGCAUGCUUGAAAAUAUUUGUCUGUGAAGAAAACUACAGCUUUUGGUACAACUACAAAUAUCACAAUAAAAUUAAAAAGAAAAUAAAAGUAUCUGCUUCUUCUUGUGUGAUAACACUGACAAGUCAAAAAAAAAGUUCAAUUCCUUUCCCCUAUUGAACAAAAAUAGGUUUCGAAUAAAAAUGAAUAGC